AUGGACCCUGAGGCCGAGCAGAGGUGCGCUGAUAAGCUUCAGUCCGUGGGACUCUGGGGCGAAAGUCUGGCUACGUUAAAUUCUGGGGAUGCAGAGGGGGUCGCACAACAGCUUGUGGAUGAGUUAGGGCUCCCCUUCUAUGACGAUGUGGUCGCCUGGGUCGCCAGCUGCAUUGCAAAUGCACAGGGAAUGCUUGAGCUGUCUCAGAGGGCGACGGGGCUGCAUGGGGAUGACUUGAGCUGGAGGACACUGCAACACAAGAAAGGCGAGCACAAGGGGGCUGGGCCUGGGAUCCCGGUGAUGACCCUGGCACUUCCCGAGAAGGGGAAACGCAAGCGGAAGCGCGGCUUGGACCUGGCGGCAUCGGAGGGCGACCGUCAGGCUGCGGAGCGGCGGGAGCGUGAAGCUCUCUGCGUCCGCUUGAUGGCGGUGCUGAGGCGCUUCGGGGCACCUUGCUUGGAUGAGUUCUCGGCUGGCUUCGACCCAGAGAGAGCUUCUGCAGUAGUGGCUGGGAGGAUUCGGAAUAGCAGCUUGCGAAGAUACCUGAGAUUCUUGGAGGAGUUUGUCUUCUGGAUGUAUCGGGCGAAGCUGCGAGAGCCUCCCUUUUCUGCCGGGGAUGCCAUUGACUUCUUGUUUAUGCUGGCAGACAAGCCCUGUGGGCCCACGAUUCCGGGAGCUUUCUUGAAAUCGCUGGCUUGGUUUGAGCGGGUUUCGGGUUUUCCUUUUGAGGAGCGGAUCUCGGUCAAGACGGUCCUCCUUUCCACCCGGGACAUUCUAGUAAAGGAACUCAAGAAGCCUGGGAUCCCGGUGCACCGGGCCCCACGACUCCCAGGUGCGAUGAUAGCGGCCUUGGAAAGGCUCGUCUCGAACGAGAAGGAGGCGAUGGGGAUCCGAGCAGGGGCCUAUUAUCGGCUCCUGAAGUGCUGGGGUACCUUGAGGUACGAUGACAUUCAGCAUCUUUCGCCGAGUGCUAUCCGGUUCUUUGCUGGGAGGCGGAUGGCUUCGUAUGCUGAGGCCGCCACGCUCACGACGGCUGUGAACCGUCGCCUGGUCGACGCCGAGGGUCAGAGGCUGAUCCCUCAGGAGCUGGUUGAGAUGUGGACGGAGCACAGCGAAAGGGCGACCUUGCCCACCAUCCUGGAUGGAUUCGGCCUGGAUCCCAGGGACAGGGAUGCUUUGGGACGGUGGCGGCCGGAGGGAAGCGACGUUUACAGUAGGAGCUUCUCUGGCAAGAUUCGGCGGAUUCAUCGAUACUUUGCUUCUGAGCUGGAGAGGUUGAGACUUGCUGGGGAUGUCGAUGAUUAUGACGUCUUGGAUGCCGCCUUUCAAUGGCUGCGAGCUAGGCGGGGGUUCUCUUCUGAUGAUGCUGAGGGAGUCGUCGAUGCCUUUAAGCGAGCCUUGGAGUCCUGGACGGCGCAGGACCCGAUUGUUCAGGAAUCGGAUGGGGAGGAGGAAGUUGCCGAAGAGGAGCCGGAGGCUCCCACCGAGGCUCCGGAUGCAGUCGAACGGACCUCAGGCUAUGUUCUGGUCUUCUCCAAGCGGGGCACGGCGCGGCUCCACAGAGCCGGGAAGGAGGGCUGCUGGAUGGCCCGGGCGAGGCACUUUGAUGAGUGCCGAGUUGUGCAGGAGAUGCCGGAGCCUGAUGAGUGUUCUUACCGCUGCAGGCUGUGCUGGCCAGGGCCGGAGGAGAUGAACGACUCGAGCGAUGACUCGAGCGAAGACUCAUCUGGCUCGGCCAUGCCGGGCGUGGCAGAGGACUCGGGCACAAGUCCCCGGGCGUCUUGGGAGCGGGUCCCUCUGGGGUGA